GAGAGAAAGAGUGAGAACUUGAGAGGGUGAGAGUGCACGCGCGCGCGAGAGAGAGAGGAAAACGAGCUCGGGGUGCCAACGAGUGUGCGUGGCAGGAGAGAACGGAGAAAAAGAGGAAGAGAUUCGCUGAUCUUCUGUUCGAUCAGAACGCGCACUCAUAAGAAGAAAAAAGGAAAGAAGAGGCUCGUGGUAGCUGUGUACCGCGAGGACGCGGAAGCGGGCCGCGUACAGGUCCUUCCUAGCGCGUGUCGCGCAUCCCUCGGAGGCGGCGCGAAAUUAUGAAGCGCAUAAAGUGUGCCCUACUGGCCGCCGCAGCUGCCGUUUGUGAUUGUGAUAGCCGCCGGUGAAUGUGUGACCCGGGGGCAGCAGAGAUCCGCCGGGAUGACGACCGAAGGGACGACCGAGCAGCCCCCGGUAGACUGCCUCAAGGAGCGGAAAUGGUGGUGCUUCCUGCUGUCGAGCAUCUUCACCUUCCUCGCCGGGCUGCUGAUCGUGCUCCUCUGGCGUGCGUUCGCCUUCCUCUGCUGUCGCAAGGAGCCCGAGCUUUCCCCAAAUGACCCGAAGCAGAAGGAGCAGAAGACAGCCCGUCAGGGCAAGGAGUUCGAGGGAACUUUUAUGACCGAGGCCAAGGACUGGGCCGGCGAGCUGAUUUCCGGACAGACCACCACUGGACGUAUCCUGGUGGUGUUAGUUUUCAUUCUCAGUAUAGCGUCGCUUAUAAUAUACUUCAUCGAUGCCUCCAGCGAAGUGGUGGAGCGUUGCCAGAAGUGGAGCAACAACAUUACUCAGCAGAUAGACUUAGCUUUCAAUAUAUUUUUUAUGGUCUACUUUUUUAUACGCUUUAUCGCCGCCAGUGACAAGCUGUGGUUCAUGCUGGAGAUGUAUUCGUUCGUGGACUACUUUACGAUACCACCGUCCUUCGUAUCGAUAUAUCUCGAUCGGACGUGGAUCGGACUGAGGUUCCUCCGAGCCCUACGACUGAUGACGGUCCCUGACAUCCUCCAGUACCUUAACAUUCUAAAGACAUCGAGCUCUAUUCGUCUCGCCCAACUUGUAUCCAUCUUCAUCUCCGUCUGGUUAACUGCUGCUGGCAUCAUUCAUUUGCUUGAAAACUCAGGGGACCCUUUCGAGUUCACGAACCCACAACAGCUUUCGUACUGGACCUGCGUGUACUUUCUGAUCGUGACGAUGUCCACGGUAGGAUAUGGUGACGUUUUCUGCCAGACGGUCCUCGGCCGCACAUUCCUAGUAUUUUUUCUACUCGUCGGUUUGGCCAUAUUCGCCAGUUGUAUCCCUGAGAUAAUUGACCUGAUCGGGACGCGAAACAAGUACGGCGGCACUUUGAAGAACGAGCGAGGUCGCAGACAUAUUGUUGUGUGCGGCCACAUCACCUACGAAUCGGUUUCGCACUUCCUCAAGGAUUUUCUACACGAGGAUCGUGAGGACGUCGAUGUAGAAGUUGUCUUCUUGCAUAGGAAAGAACCGGAUCUCGAAUUGGAGGGUCUUCUGAAGAGGCAUUACACAACCGUGGAGUUUUUUCAGGGCACCAUGAUGAAUGCUGUGGAUCUGGAGCGCGUCAAGGUACACGAGGCGGACGCGUGCUUGGUACUGGCGAACAAGUACUGCCAGGACCCGGACGCGGAAGACGCGGCGAACAUCAUGCGCGUAAUCUCCAUCAAGAACUAUUCAGAUGACAUUCGCGUUAUCAUUCAAUUAAUGCAGUAUCACAACAAGGCCUACUUACUAAACAUUCCAUCGUGGGACUGGAAGCAGGGUGACGACGUUAUAUGCCUAGCGGAGUUGAAACUAGGUUUCAUCGCGCAGUCCUGCCUCGCGCCUGGAUUCAGCACAAUGAUGGCCAAUCUCUUCGCCAUGCGUUCCUUUAAGACGUCGCCGGACACACAGGCGUGGCAGAAUGAUUACCUGCAGGGCACGGGCUGCGAGAUGUACACGGAAACCCUGUCCCCGUCCUUUACCGGGAUGACAUUUCCCCAAGCCAGCGAGUAAGUUCUCGCUGCCAAUGGCUGUCACAUGUAAACGUACCGUACAGACACACUUUUACACAAAUCACGUGACACAAUACAUAUAUAUAUAUAUAUAUAUUCAAAAUUGACAAUUAUAUGGACUGCCAUACACAUAUAAGAGAAGAAAGAAGGAGAAAUACAAUAUAGAAAUAUACAUUUCUACCGACACCGUAAUACUUUGUUACGAAUUUCUUUCUUUUCUGUCUCUUUGUCUUUCUCUCUAUUUAUCUCUUUGUCUUAUCUUCGUCUCACGACUAACACACUGAUCUAUCCCAAUACCGAACAUACAUAUAUUGCCACAUAUAUCUAUACUUUGAGAACAUAUAUCAAUUUUUAUAUAUACAUUUAUAUAUAUCGCCCCUCACCUCGGUCUCUUAGUCUUUAAACGAUUUUCUUCACUAGUCUCUACUAUAUUUGUCUUUUUUGUCUAUCUCCUUUUGUUUGGAUUUUGCGUAGAGUAGUCCAGUUUUCAGCUGUACGAAUCUAUUCUCUCCUCUUUAUUUUCCUUUUUUUCUUUUUGUCUCCGUUCCCCUCUUAUUCUUCCAAUCAGUUUUGAUUUUGGUUUUCGAGCUGCUCGAAAUUUUGCACAGAUCUUUGUGAAUUGCGUAGAAAUGAAGAGUAGAGAAACGUAUCGGGGACGAAUGCGGACUUCGCUUGUCAGUCGUGACGAAUAUCGUCGCCGAUUGUGUUCGGUCUAAUUGGGAUGCUUGAUUGGCAACGGGGGAAUUUGCGAUGUUUCUGCGCGGAAAGUGUUUCAAACCAACACCCGCAUUCGGAAAUUGCUGGAAACACGCGAUUCGUGUGCGAGUGAUCGCGAUUCAAAAAAUAUUGUCGGAUUGAUCGUGAUGACCAUAUCGUGAAGACCGACGAAUGCAAUGGAAUUUCUAUAAUUCCGGAACAAUCGAAAUCGAGAUUGAAGAUUACGCAUUGCUCAAGCUUUCGAUUUAUUCACGC